AUGUCAAGCCAGACCGUAUUUGUUCCAUUCAGAUACUGCCCUCUCUGUCGACUAAAUCAUAACAAAGGAAAGAAGCAUGUUUAUUCCAAGAAGCACAAAGAAAUUGUUGCCAAUAUUCUAGUAAAGUUCUCAAAGAAGAUCACAGAAGCCAAAGCAUUUUUGAAAAAGCCGUCAAUUAAAGAAAUCACCUGGGAUCAGGCAGGCAACAAGUUCUGGUGCUAUUUUUGUCAGGGGGAUAUAGACAAACAUAAACUAAAUGUGUCAACACCUGGACAGUGUGUCGUAGAAUAUGGUGGCUUUUUGGAGCACAUUACAAGGAGUGAUCAUGCAGAGAAUACGGCCAAGUUUCUCAAGGAGAACAUGUUAGAUAUGAAGAGGACACUAGAGUUUGUAAUAAAUGAAAAGAUGUAUUUAAAAUUUCUGGAAGAUGUCGAGGCGGCUGUAACACGGUUUUUCAUGCUGAAGUCGCAAGUGUUAACCCAGAUAGCAUCUCAUAUCAGAUCUCAGUCUGUGAUCAGGCGCGAUGUUGUAGCCAGCAGUUUGAGAGAACAGGUCUGUCGGAUGGUCAUCUCUUGA